AGGUCCUUUCUGAAAUGGUGUUUGUGAUUCAGCUGUUCAGAACCUAAGGAAGCUGGUGACAAUGUGGAGAAAUCAUGACAGAGCAUGUGGCUUGUACUGGGGCUGUUAAUGCUGUAAAAGAAGUUUGGGAAAAAAGAAUACAGAAGCACAGUGAUGACCUGAAGCGAGAAAAGCAAUUUCAACUCAAGCUAGUGCGGAUCUGGGAAGAACGAGUCAGCUUCACCAAGCUCAAAGAGAAAGUUACCAGGGAGGAUGGGAGAGUCAUUCUGAAGAUAGAGAAAGAGGAAUGGAAGACCCUCCCUUCUUCUCUACUGAAACUGACCCAGCUUCAGGAAUGGCAACUUCAUAGAACUGGUUUGCUGAAAAUUCCUGAAUUCAUUGGAAGAUUCCAGAACCUCAUUGUGCUAGAUUUAUCUCGAAAUGCUAUUUCAGAGAUCCCCCGAGGCAUUGGACUGCUCACUGGACUUCAGGAACUGAUUCUUAGCUACAACAAAAUCAAGAUGGUCCCCAAGGAGCUAAGUAACUGUGUCAGCUUGGAGAAACUAGAACUGGCCGUUAACAGGGACAUAUGUGAUCUUCCACACGAGCUUAGCAAUCUGCUGAAGCUCACGCACCUUGAUCUGAGCAUGAACCACUUCACGACCAUCCCCGCCGCGGUGCUGAGCAUGCCUUCCUUGGAGUGGCUGGACAUGGGAAGCAACAGGCUGGAACAGCUUCCUGACACCAUAGGAAGAAUGCAAAGUCUGCAUACGUUAUGGCUGCAACGGAAUGAAAUAGCAUGCCUGCCAGAAACAAUCUGCAACAUGAGGAAUCUGGGCACUCUUGUCCUCAGCAACAACAGACUGCAGGAGAUUCCAGCGUGCAUGGCAGGGAUGGCAAGCCUGAGGUUUGUCAACUUCAGGGACAACCCGUUGAAGCUGGAAGUGACACUUCCUCCCAGUCAGAGUGCAGAUGAUGAAGAGGACCGGGAGUUGUUUGGCCUCCAGUUCAUGCACACAUACAUACAGGAGUCUCAGGAGAGAGCAGGUAUUUUUGGUGUUUGUCAUGGACAAAUUCUGAUAAUAUAUAAAUACAGGUAUGGGUCUGGAAAUCUGAAGGUCAUUUCAUAAACUAAUUUUGAACAUCUCUGAAUUUGUUUGCAUUUGAGAAAAUCACAACUGUCCUUUCUAGAUCUACAUGGGAAAGAAAGUCCACACAUAAGUCAAAUUCUCAGAUCAGCCUUUGUUACAAACUGGCAGUCAAUCAUUGCAUCUUGAACUUGAGAAAUACAAAAUGUCAAAUAAAAUCAAAGAAAAAUAAAUUUCCAGCUGGGCUCGG